AUGAGCAAGCGGAACCAAGUGUCCUAUGUGCGGCCUGCAGAGCCCGCCUUCCUGUCCCGCUUCAAGAGAGUCGGCUACAAGGAGGGGCCUACCAUAGAGACCAAGAAAAUCCAGCCUCAGCUCCCAGAUGAAGAUGACAAUCACAGUGACAAAGAAGAUGAACAGCCUCAAGUAGUGGUUUUAAAAAAGGGAGACCUAACAGCUGUAGAGGUCAUGAAAAUUAAAGCAGAAGUAAAGGCUGCCAAAGCAGAUGAAGAACCACCUCCAGCUGAUGGAAGAAUCGUGUAUCGAAAACCAGUUAAGCGUUCCUCAGAUGAAAAGUGUUCAGGUUUAACAGCAAGCUCCAAAAAGAAGAAAAAAAAUGAAGAUGAUGUAAAUAAGCAAAGUUCCGUUAGAAAGAACUCCCCAAAACAAAUAAAAAAUAGCAGUCUCCUUUCUUUUGACAGUGAAGAUGAAAAUGAGUAA